UGGGGAGUCAGUGCAUGGACCUUGAAAUUGAUGUGAUGUGACCCCAACUCCUGGUUUGAGUGAGAACCGCUGAAGUUAAAUUCUGAAGUUAACAAUUUAUAAUGUUAUUUUUUUUUUUGAAAACCAGAAUGCUGGGAGGUACAACUAAUUCUAUUGAUGAUGAAAGCUUUUCCCUUUAUUACAGGUGGGCCGAUAGUUGUAGCAGCAGCAGCAUUCUGUUGCCACUGUGACCAAAGACGAUGUUUCUGUGGGUAGGAACUCGAGUCACAGAGGGAAGUAGCGACCAAAGAUCAAUCUACCAGAGGAUUCGUGACUUUGAGGUUCUGGACAGACGGAAGACGGUGACGGCACUGAGAGCUGGAGAGGACAGAGCCACCCUUCUGGGCGUUAGCAUGAUCCUGCUGUCUGUAAUGAUGUAUUUUGUACUGGGAAUCACUGUUCUACGUUCCUACUUUGACAGUUUAUGGACAGAGGAGGACACAUGUACAGUUGUGAACGCCACAAUUGUGUGGGAUGUGAACUGCUCGUACAGCUGUGGGGCAGAGUGUUGGAAGAGCUCCCGUUACCCAUGUCUUCAGGUCUUUGUCCGCCUCAACUCGUCAGAAAAGGUGGUGCGACUGUUGCACAAUGAGGACACACAGGACAACAAUCCUGAGUGUUUCUACAUCCCAAAGUGUCACAAGAACUACGCGUCUACGCGCGCCAUUGUUGAGGGCAUUUGUGAGCGCCUCAGGUCUCAGCACACACUUCACUGCUUUGUGGACCCAACCAACCAAACUGAGAGUGCCAUCCUGACCCAGUUUUACAGCCGAGUCGCUGUCUUCCACUCCCUGUUCUGGCCAACCUGCACUUUGGUUGGAGGAAGCGCCAUAAUCGCAAUGGUGAAGCUGACCCAAAACCUGUCCAUUAUGUCUGAGAGACUAAGUCGCAUCAACAGGUAAAGGGCAAAAAAACCACCAGUCGGAAGUUAGCUACCUUUACCAGGUGAGGACGCAGACGUUUUAUUGGGCCAAGACAAGAAACACGGCUCUGAGGGAUGUGGUCUCUGUGUAGACCAGUGGGACAUUUCAGUUUUUCUUGGUGCGACUCUUGUCUGAAGUGAUCAAAUCACAUGACCUGUCCCAAUCUCUUUGUUUUGGGACCAGCAGAGGUGGAAAGUACACCAUUCAGUGAGAAGAUCACGACCAAAUUGGAGCAUUAUAUCCAUCUUCUUCUCCAGCCUGACUCUCUUGCUCAAACACAACUUGUUUUCAUUUUGAACUGAUUACCAGUAGGGACAGCCUCUGAACUGUCUCCCUGCAAAAGAGACACCAAAGAAGUGUGUAAGAAGAGCUUAAAGGUAGACCUUAAGCAGCCACGGCAAACAACAUAUAUAGUUAUGGAUCCGUGUUGAAAUGCACAGUUGAAGACAUUCACAGCUGUUGCAGCUUGACACAGGGAUGAAUGGUUAAAGCUCACAAACACUGUGAAAUGACCAUUCCUUAAAGUUUUAAAAAAGCAGCAACAGAAUGUGAGAAGACAGAAGAAAGUCGUUUUUUGAUUACUCAGCAGUUUUCAGUUAGAUAUACAGAGCAGUACUUUCUUCGAGUGCCUGAAUAAGAGGAAACUACAGGUUCAUGUAUCAGAUGUUAAGAUUACUUGGUAAAUACUGAAGUUAUGCUGAAGUUUGAACUUAAAGGGAUUCCAUUUAUGAAAAUGUGGUUAUCCUGUUUGGAAUUUUGAGUGUGUGAUUAAACCAGGACAGCCUUUUAUAUUUUGUUUACUUCAGUUCUCACGUAAUUGCUGUAUCUUUGCCUUAAAGAUUUUAACCAAAAGAAUCAAUUUCAGAUGGGAUGGAGGUUAUCACACUUUUCUGACUACUUUUUGAAACUGCCGGCCUUAAAAGCCUAGAGACACUGGAACAUGGUAGAGACAGAAGGUAAUCCGUCCAUCUUCAGAGCCUGCCGAGUUCCUUUUGGGUCAUGGGGUUGCUGGAGCCAACCAAGCUGCUGUUGGGCGAAAGUAGGGUACAUCCUGGACAGGUUUCUAGUCUGAUACAGGGCCACAUACUCACAUGCACAUUUAGGGACAAUUUAAAGCAGGGGAGGGAUGGGCUCCUGCUGUUUUUUCAGAGAUCCUGCCUUAUCUGCUGCUGAUUACCUGGAUCAGGUGAGUUUGUCCAAUAAAGAGCUUCAAUGGCAGGUUGGUUGGAAAACAUUUAGAUCACCAGCCCUCAAGGCCUGGAUUUGGACUCUUUUAAUUUAGGUUUGCAGUUGAGUAUGAAGUAGCUGGGACAAGAAUCAGCGCCUCCAAGUCUGAGAACAAAGUGUGGUAUCGGCUACACUAAUCAAUCUGUGUCUCUUUCCACCUAAACAGUGAAGAGAAUGCAUGAAUAAAGUUUGUGGAAGAAUUUUGGUGAGAAUUUACAUCAA